GUGUCAUGGCUGGCAGUCAUCGGCGAAGAGGGUGUGGACUGUAGUUUUCCUCCUACGGGACGCAGGGCGCGCGGCAGCAGCUACUCGCCGAUGGGCGCCACGGAGAUGACGUCAGGUGAAGCGGCGUCGCCGGCGGACGACGGCGCGGGCGCGGGUUCGGUACCUGGGGCGGCCGCUGACUCCAAGACGUUCGUGCCCUACCAGCCUCGCAUCCGCUGGCUGGACCUCAUCGUGCAGCUCUUCCUGCACACAGGAUUCCUCUACGGCUUCUGGCUGACCUUGACAUCGGCCAAACUCGCCACCACAAUAUGGGCGCUGGUGGUGGUGGUGACGAGCGGCGUGGGCAUCACGGCGGGCGCGCACCGGCUGUGGUCGCACCGCGCCUACAAGGCGAAGUGGCCGCUGCGGCUGCUGCUCGUCUUCCUCUUCACCAUCGCCGGCCAGAGACACGUGUACCAGUGGGCACUGGACCACCGGGUGCACCACAAGUUCAGCGAGACGGACGCGGACCCGCACGACGCGCGCCGCGGCUUCCUGUUCUCGCACGUGGGGUGGCUCGUGCUGACACCGCACCCCGCUGUCACCGAGAACCGCGCCAAGGUCGACAUGUCCGACCUAGAGGCGGACCCCAUCGUCAUGUGGCAGAAGCGGCUGUACGUGCCGCUGUUCGCCCUGCUCGUAGUCGUGUUCCCGGUGUGGGUGCCUUGGUAUUUCUGGGAUGAGACGCUCUGGAGGUCAUUCUUCGUGCUCUUCAACUUCCGGUUCGUCCUCACACUCAACAUCGCCUUCCUCAUCAACAGCGUGGCGCACAUGUGGGGCAACAGGCCUUACGACAAGCACAUCAGCCCCGUGGAGAACGCCGUGGUGUCUGUGGCGGCGCUGGGUGAGGGCUGGCACAACUACCACCACGUGUUCCCCUGGGACUACAAGGCGGCCGAGCUGGGCGCCAGCCCACUCAACCCCACGACCGCCUUCAUCGACUUCUUCGCGCGCCUCGGCUGGGCGUACGACCUCAAGACCGUGGCUCCCGACAUGGUCCGGCGGCGCGUCGAGCGCUCCGGAGACGGGAGCCACGCGCUGUGGGGCUGGGGGGACCGGGACCUGCCCGCCGACGAGUGGCGGCGGAUGCGCGAGGCGGGCACCAAGCGCCAGUAGCACCAGUGGUUUAUGGACACACUGUGGCAGGAAUGGCCUCAACUUUGUCAGGCACCUACCAGCACUUACGACCGCAGUUUGAGGUAUCUGAUGACUGCAUUAGUCAUGAAGGCUUCAGAAGAGGCCAAACGGGCAUUUAGCUGUACCUGUGGCAUUGCUAAUAAUAAUUUAUGCAUUUAAAGUUGUAAUUAUUGCUGAAUAUCUCAGUGACUCACAUUUAUGAAAUUGCUUUGUGACACAAUGUUAGAAAAUUGAUGUUCAUGAAGUAACAUUACAUUUUAUCAGAAUAGUGCAUUAAACAGUUAACUGUCUAAAAAAUUUGAUGUAUCACAAAUAUCACACAGACAACUGCACAACCAUUGGCUAUGGCAUCUUUUUGCAUCAUAAUUGAAAACAGAAGUACACUUUUAUCUUGAUAUUAUGAUAUUCAUCUGUGCACAAUUUGAGUAACUGAUUAAUAAUGUAUAAGAGUAAUGCCUCUGACAGUUGAUAGAUGAUGCAACAUGAGAAAUGAACUGUAGGUAAGCUCCAACAAAAACUUUGUUUUAACGGUGUCUCAAAAAAUGAAAUAACAAAAGCCUUCUUGUUCUAGAGUAACUAAUUUUCUAUAAUGAUACCAUUGUCACACUACUGUUGGUUGAAAAGCAAUUUACUCAUGCAGAUUCAAUGUUUAGAACACGUGGGAGCAAACUUGCCGAAACUCUGAAUUGGAGAUGCACUCACAGUUUCAUGUUUCUGAUUUAAUAAACAAUAAGGUAUGCAAUGUUUGAUAUGAAGUAGGACUGUGGCAGAAAUGAUGAAAUUAAGAGAGAUGUAUGUACACCACAGAAUUCAUUGGUUAUUUUAAAUUUAGAAAAAUGUUUGUCCUUUCACCAUUCAUUUUUCUCAUGCAUAAAGGACCUAACCAAUCUGACCAGUUUACUUACUGAUAUAAUUGAACACAUUGUCAACAAUAUGUCUCUCUUUACAUGCUACUGUUUCUCCUUCCCAUUUUCUUUACUAUUGUGUCUCGCCUGAUUUCUGCUAUAAUGUAAUUCAUUUACCCAUUUGUUUCUAUAUAUCUGGAGACACAUUUAUUUUCUUUCUUUUUAUGUUAUAAAUAUUCACUGUUCUUUUCUUCUGCAGCUGGGUAACAAUAACAGCUGAAUUUCUGCUGAAUACUGUUUUCAGUUCACAUUAUUUGCUUAUGGAUGAAACAGAUUAAUUUGGAACUGUCUUAGGUCUAUAUGGUUUCACUAUCACUGUAUAUUGUAACAGUGUACCCUUUUUGCCAUUUCUGGUUUUAUCUGCAUGCAUUCAUUCUUUUUGCCACAAAAGGAAGAUAAAUGAUGAAUUUCAGCUAUUUAUUCUUUAAUUGAUUCUACAGCUACUUCAACCAUCACUUGUGCACAACAGAAGUUUUCCUUCUUCAUGAUUCUUACAUACAGAUAACAAGAUAUCACCAAAUAAAUUGUGUAGGUUUUAUCCCUCAUAUUCUGUAUCAUGUAUACUAUUAUUUUUUCUUAGUUUUAAUUUAGUAAAUACCAGAACUACGAAUAGGCCUUCUCAACUUACAGCAGUCACUUAAAUAAAAUAAUAGACACAAGUAACCUUGGAGACAAGGAAAAUUUAUUCAGCAGUACUUAAAUAGUAAUUAUGUUUUUCACAGAGAAAAAGAAGAAAAGUAUAACUUGCAUGUUUGUAUUAUUGUAAACUGACAAAAAUUGAGGUUCCUUAAGCAAGGAAUAAAACAUAUACAUGUGUAUUUUUAUAUAUGUAAAACACAUAAAUGUAUUAUUGUAAUAAAUACAUAUUGGCAUUGUGUAAUUUGAGGUGCCUGGCUAAGUAUGGGCCAUCAGACAAUGAACAUACAUAAAAAUAAUUGUCUGUUACUUGUAUGAAGAAUUAGGGGUCCAAUUUUAUAUUACCAAUUCUUGUAUCCAUGUUCAACUCUGCCAAUGUGUGCCAUUGUGAUCUGGAAACAAAACAUUUAUGCACUUCAUCUGGAUAUUUGUAUAGUGUUUUAGUGUUUGAUGGAAUUAGAGCACCCACAUUUGAUCAUUUCAUUUCUUUUCAAGAAUCUGAAGUUGGAGCAUCUUGUGUACUGUUUACCACAGUGAAACUAUAAGAGAAAGUUUCUCUUUCACUCAUAUUAUCUUCAAACACAUGUGUUAGUGCUCUUUUCUUUGAUAGUAAAAAAGAUUUUAUCCUCUAAUAUAUACUUGCAUUAUCAUUCCACAUAAUUAUGUGUAAAAGUUAGCACAUGCAAUCGAAGAUUUUCGUACUGCAGCAGGAUAAAAAGUUACUUUCUACACAUGUCAAAUCUAUAUAUCACUCAAGCAUUAUGUCAGCAUUUUAUAAAGCAAGUAUUUGUGAGUUCAAAUAGUUCUCCUAAUCUCAAGGACUUAUUUUUCAUAAAGUUAGCUGUUCUAUUUAUUACUACAAAUAUUUUAUACAGCAGAAAUGAUAGACUAGUUCUAAAUGCAGCUGUAUGAGAGAAGAAAUAUAUUCUAUGUUUAUGUAUGUAUUGUUGUUUGUUGGAUACUCUGUAACCCAUGUAUUAAU